AUGACUCGAUCUUCUACAUUCCUCGGAAUGGCAGCGCCACCACCGCCGUUUGAAACUCCCACCAGUCUAGGGCCUGGUAUCUCGAGAUUCUCGACCGCCGUAAGUCCUCAGCCGUUGGAGAAUCUCUGCCGCCCGCCGAACAAAGACCUCAAGAAGAAAGCGCUUGAGUCCUUCCUUAAAUCCACCAUGGCCGCCUCAACCGAUUCCUCCAUAUGCUUAACGCAAAUUUCAAAGAGAGCCGAAACAAGGCUUUAUCCGUCGUCCUGUCCAUCUUACCGUCGGAUUUUGGUCACAUCAAUGAUUAGCUUCCGCCGUUAUUCUUCCUUUUAA